AUGUCCAUGCCCACCACCAACGAUGGCGCCGGCAGUCCCUCCUCAGGCUCCAAGGCUAGACCUGUGCCCUCAGGCAGCAGACUGACGCAGCAGACAGACGCCAGCUGGGCCGGGUCGCCAUCACGGGCCUCGCGAACAGCUCGGCUAGCUGCUGAUCCCGUGGCUGCUGGCUCGCCGAGUGGCCGCUCUACGCCCAAUGUCCCCAUCCAGGAGAUGCAGCAGCAGAGUCAAGAGCCGCUGGCCGGAGCCUCAGGAACAUCGCUGCCCGGGCCGGGUCCUUCGUCGCUGUCACAAGCAUUGAGAGGAUCAGCCGGCCACUCUCCGUCCCGACAUGGCUCGCAGCCAGCCAUGAGGGAAUCCCAAGGCACGAAGCGCUACGAGAGCCCUGAACGAGAUCGGACGCCUGUGGGAUCCUUCACACCCGCAUCCUACGCAACACAGCUUGGCCGGAGCCCGAGUCGCGACCCGAACCAGAAAGAGGAUAUUGAAGUGCUGAAGAGGCAUCUGGUCGAUCCCAGAGCCAGCUCGCCUGCUGCAUCGUUCCACAGAGGUAGCGGCUUCCCGACAGAACAAAGAGAAGAUAGUCCUGCUGGCUUGGAAGAUGAGUUCUCAAGUCUGCAGCUACAAGGUGGAGACACGCAUCGCCACAUCUACAAGUAUGCCGAGAAGAAAGAGCGUGAACAAGAUCGCGAGGGCAGACUUCGACGAAGCAUGAGCUAUAGCCAGCCGAAACAAAACGACAACGACGACGAUGACGAUAUAUCGUUUAUACAAAUGCCAGGUGGCUUCCGACGAGACCAUCUGCGGCGAAAUGCAGGAUCGCCCGCUCCCUCGAGUACACGUCAAAGAGCAGGCUACGGCAGUAUCAACCAGAAUGUUGCUGGUGGAGGUUGUAAGGUCAAUCCCGAGCCUACUCGCCCACAGUUUCACACCAACAACUUUAUCGAGUUCUUGACCCUCUACGGCCACUUUGCCGGCGAAGAGCUGGAGGAAGAUGACGAAGUGCUCGAAGCAGACGAGUAUUUCUCAUCAGAUGCAUACGAAGAAGCCACGACGGAAGGAGGCGACCAGGACGAUGACCGAGACUAUGGCGAAGAUUCUGCUCUGCUCACACCUGGCAAGAGGAGACGAAAGAGGAAGCAUAGGUCAGAAGGGAAAGGUACACCCUUUGGAGCGGCCAUGUUGCUCCUUAAGUCCUUUGUCGGGACGGGUGUGCUCUUCCUUCCUCGCGCCUACUUCAACGGAGGUAUGCUAUUUUCGAAUGUGGUCCUCUUCUUCAUCGCCGCCUUGUCAUACUACUGUUUCAUCUUGCUGGUCAGCAUCCGACUAAAGGUACCUGCGUCUUUUGGAGACAUGGGCGGCAAGAUAUUCGGCAACUACUUCCGCAACUCCAUCAACUUCUCGCUGGUCAUAUCGCAGAUCGGAUUCAGCUCUGCAUACAUCGUCUUCGUUGCAGAGAACCUGCGAGCUUUCGUGCUUGCGGUGACACGAUGCCGGACCGAUAUCGACAUUGGCUUCAUGAUCUUGGCUCAGAUGAUCAUCUUCCUGCCCUUGAGCUUGUACAGAAAUAUCAACCAUAUCCAAAAAUUGGCUCUCUUGGCGGAUCUCUUCAUUUUACUUGGACUGAUCUACGUCUAUUACUACGAUGUCCAUACAAUCGUCAAGCAGCACGGCUUCGGCGAUUACGAAAACUUCAAUCCUGAAUACUGGACGUUGCUCAUUGGGACUGCCAUCUUCACCUUUGAGGGUGUCGGUCUUGUCAUCCCAAUUCAAUCUGGAAUGGCCGAACCGAAAAAGUUCCCCAAGGUCAUGGGUACAGUUAUGGUCAUUAUUACGGUUGUGUUCAUCUCUGCUGGAGCGCUCUCGUACGCUGCGUACGGCAGCGAGACGAAGACAGUUAUUCUGCUCAAUAUGCCACAAGAUGACAAGAUCGUGAACGCGGUGCAAUUCAUCUACAGCUUGGCAAUCCUGCUCAGCACACCUCUGCAGAUCUACCCAGCGAUCGAGAUCACAAGUCAACAACUAUUCAGCAGGACUGGCAAGUACAACCCAUGGAUCAAGUGGAAGAAGAACAUCUUCCGCUUCUUCAUGGUCGCACUGUGCGCAUGCAUCGCCUGGGCGGGAGCCAACGAUCUGGACAAGUUCGUUUCGUUGGUGGGCUCGUUUGCCUGUAUCCCGCUGGUGUAUAUCUACCCACCUCUGAUGCACUACCGCGCCGUCGCAACCAAAACAUGGCAGCGCGUCGCUGAUGUCCUCCUUGUGAUCUUCGGAGUUCUUAUGAUGAGCUACACGACUGCAUUGACGAUCAUUGCGUGGGCGAAUGGACAGCAGGAGAAGAGCCCGGGGUAUUGUGAUACUCUGCCCAGGAUGUGA